CGGUUUGCGUGUGUGCUUCCUGACUGUCCUUUGUGCCUUGUGAGGAGUGCUGAUCGCAAUAUGUCUUCAGGACAUGCCAAAAUUGGGCACCAUGCCCCCCAGUUCAAAGCAACUGCUGUAAUGCCAGAUGGUCAGUUCAAAGAUAUCAGCCUAUCUGACUACAAAGGAAAAUAUGUUGUGUUCUUCUUUUACCCUCUUGACUUCACCUUUGUGUGCCCCACGGAAAUCAUUGCUUUCAGUGAUAGGGCAGAAGAAUUUAAGAAACUCAACUGCCAAGUGAUUGGUGCUUCUGUGGAUUCUCACUUCUGUCACCUGGCAUGGAUCAACACACCCAGGAAACAAGGAGGACUGGGACCCAUGAACAUUCCCUUGAUAUCAGACCCCAAGCGCACCAUUGCUCAGGACUAUGGGGUCUUAAAGGCUGAUGAAGGCAUCUCAUUCAGGGGCCUUUUUAUUAUUGAUGAUAAAGGUAUCCUUCGACAGAUCACCAUAAAUGACCUUCCUGUUGGCCGUUCUGUGGAUGAGACACUGAGACUAGUUCAGGCCUUCCAGUUUACUGACAAACAUGGGGAAGUGUGCCCAGCUGGCUGGAAGCCUGGCAGUGAUACCAUCAAGCCUGAUGUCCAGAAGAGCAAAGAAUAUUUCUCUAAGCAGAAGUGAGCACUGGGCCAUUUUAGGGCCAGGCUGCAGUAGGUGGCCAUGAGAACAAAACCUCUUUUGUACUAUUGUUAUGCUUAAAACACAAGACCUUGCACUCAGCCCAGAUGUGGUGUGGGACAGGACAGGCCUUUCCUGCAGGGGUUGGGGAGGCCAGCCUUUCUUCCUCUGGAGGGAAUGGCCUGAGCUGUAUUAUGGGGCAGGCAAACUGAUGUGUAUAGUAGUAGGGUAUCACUUUCAGUCUUUUGUAGUUUGAUUAAACUUGAGCUGAGACCUUGUUGAUUCUUUAUUUUAGGGGGACAUUAGCCUUUGAGUGUAAGAGGAAUUUACUUUUUGCUUUCCCUCUUUAGGGGAAAAUGAGGUGUGAGAGUGCCUCAGAAUCAGGAAAUUAUAUUGAGGGGAAAUGCAAGUAGAUACAGAGAAUGGACCUCGAAGCAAGGUGUUUCAUUUCACCAUAUCUGGAGAAGAGCAAGGCCUACUACAGUACUGGCCAAGGCACUGCAAUUUAUGCUAUAGGCUGGGUUGCAGGUUAAGAGCCCAAUGAGAUUACUGACAUUUACUUUUACACUACUGGGAGGGCUGUAUGAAAACCUGAAGCUUGGCCUCUUCUGAUAAAUGCCUGGUACUGGUUCUGUAAAAAGAUCAGAGUUAGAGGCUUCAGUACCUUUGGAACUAAAAGGGGGAGGGGGAGACACACACAGUGCUGGUGUUCAUAGGGUAGAGGCUGUCUGUGUCAGAAGCACAGUGCUGAGCACCUCUUGGCUUCCCUGGGUUUCCAUCCUUGAUUUAAGGGUAGUUCUUAUCCUCAUAUCAUUGUCCUGAGGGAGGGUUGUCAGUGGGGCAAAGGUGGAUUCCUCCUGGGCUCUUGAGGCUAGGGCAGAUUCAGGGCUGAGAAUCCUGUAUAUCAUGUGGUACCCUUCUAGACACCUUCCAGACAUGGCUACCCCAACCUACCUACCCUUCCAGUAUUCAGACAAGCAAGAACUAUGAGCAGCAGUAUAGGAUUCCUGGGGCCUUUAAUAAUAGCUUAUAUGCCAGGCACUAUUUCAUAUUUAUUCAGUCUCCAUAAUAAUCCUCUGAGGCAGGUACCGUUAUUUAGGGGAUAGUUGCUUCUUAAGCCCUGUAACAUGUAGCAUCUUGAAGCACUGCAGAGAAAUGGUAACAGGUAAUCCAUAUUCCAAGGCAGGUGGCAAGUCUGGAUCUGCUUUGGUCUUUUGACUAAACUUCUUUAAGCCUUGUUAUCUUCAUUUAAGAUCUCUACUAUAAUUCUUUAUCAAAAAUGAUCAUCUUGGGGCUUCCCUGGUGGUGCAGUGAUUGAGAGUCCGCCUGCCGAUGCAGGGGACACGGGUUCGUGCCCCGGUCCGGGAAGAUCCCACAUGGCUGGGCCUGUGAGCCAUGGCUGCUGAGCCUGCGUGUCCGGAGCAACGGGAGAGGCCACAACAGUGAGAGGCCCGUGUACCGCAAAAAGCAAAACAAAACAAAACAUCAUCUUGUACCCAAUAAAAUCUUGUCUAGCCAAAUAA